GUCUCUUGUCUGCUCUCUGUUACGAACGACCCGCAUUGUAGAUCUCAGGACAUCAUGACUAGUUCCCCCACCCCUGACAUCUCGUCCCUGUCCAUCUCUUCGCCUCCGCAGCAACGCCCUUACGACAGUUACGACUAUGAAGGGUCCACCAACGGCAAGCCUCAGCAGCAGCAACAGCACUACUUCGCGCCAAGCCACGGCCUCUCCGCGCCCGCCCAGUCGCCGUACGGAAACUUUGGUCAGUCGCCGCUGAAGAACCGGCCACCCGUGCGGGGAGGCUUGCCCAACUCGUGGAUGGCCGACGCAGGCGGGAUGGCGGACCAGCGCUCGCUGUCGCCGCACAACAGCUCUGACCUGUCCUCGAGCGGGUCGCCCCCGCCUAUGGGGCACAUGAUGGCACCGCCUGGCAUCUCCACCCCUCCGGUGGGCGGUAUCGGCGACGACGAGAUCAUACCAACUGCGAUCGUCAUCAAGAACAUUCCCUUCAACGUGAAAAAGGAGACUCUCCUCGAUAUCAUCACAUCGUUGUCUAUUCCUACUCCUUACGCCUUCAACUAUCACCUGGACCAAUCUGGAGCCUUCCGCGGCCUUGCUUUCGCUAACUUCCGCCAGCCGGCCGACGCCGACGCGGUCGUCGUCGCGCUCAACGGAUUCGACGUUCAGGGUCGCAAGCUGCGCGUCGAGUACAAAAAGGUGCUGCAGGCCGGCGAGAAGGAGCGUAUCGAGCGUGAAAAGGCGCUCCGCCGGAUGCGGUCCAUGCAACUCGAGAAGGAGCACAUUUCGGUGCAGUCGCCGUACGAGGACUACGGUUCCCCGCCAGUCCCGCCCGCCUUCACGCCCUCCAGGUCGUUCUCCGGCGUGCCUUUCCAAGGCCAGCAGCAGUACUCGCCUCCGCGCGUGCCGCCGAUGCCCAACCUCCAGCAGCAGUAUAGCGGCCUGAUGGGCACGCCUCCUCUUCCUGCCGGCACCCCCGGCGGUUCGGCCAAGACCAGCUCGUCGAACGAGUUGGAUCUGAACGACCCCGCGACGCUCGAGAUUUACUCUCGCAUCUUGCUCUUCAAGGACGACCCCAUGCGCGACGAGCUGGCUUUCUCGAGGACGCUGUCCGCCAAACAGAGGAGGGUGGUCCACCUCGUCGCCCAGAAGCUUGGCGUCUACCACUACUCGGUAGGUGAAGGCGAAGAGAGGUACGCAGUCGUUACCCGCAUCAACCCUGAGCUGAACCGACCCGCUCCUGCGCUCUCCCGCGCGCCGUCCGCGUACCACCUCCAGCAGGCCGCGCAGCAAGCGCCGGCGCUCCGCGCCAAGAAGUCCAUGCCCGACAUCUCAUCCUUCCGCACGCAGGCGCCGCGGCUCAAUACCCGCAUGUCGAACGGCAACAUGCGCGAGGGCUACGCGACGAUCGCCUCUCCCGCGCGCCGCAGCAACACCGGCACGCUCAACACGCUCUUCAACAACGGCGCGUUCGGCGGUGGGGGCGGUGCUGUGCCACCCGUGCCGACGCUCCCAGCCAGCGUCGCCGCCGUCGGCGCGCAGACUCCGACGGCUGAGAGCCCGAGCAGCACUGUCGUGCGGCAGCCCAAGGGCCCUGGCGCGGCGGGUUUCAUGAACAGGCGCCCGAGCGAGCAGCGUGUCCACGGCGAGGGCCUUGACGCGCGCACCCAUGAGCCGCUCGAGAUCUGAUGAACAGACAGGACGAACAAACAGUGAGUUAUCGAGCCUCCCAGAGCUGGUCUCCGCAUCGGUCCCAGUUCGGCAUUGGAGGAGGGGCCGGCAUUCGGAACGGUUCGCUUCUACCAUCGUGCAUCAUCUCACGCCCUACACAUCGUUCUAUUGUGCUUUGAACCUUUCUCUUCUCUUGCCACCAGUGAAUUUUGGAUUGCUCGAAGUCUCCAUCCGCCCAUUUCCGUGCGCUUCUCACUUAAGUAAACAACUAACUCUCGUUUCCACUAACUGCUUCAAUCCUCGUCAAUCAUCUCUCUCUACGCUUUUUGUCAUUAAUGCGCCGCUUCGUUGCACUACACAAAAGAUAUCUCAUAUCUCUCUCAUCCACUCACGUUAGGCCCGGCGAUGGACCUUCGCUAUUGGUCCAUAGUAUAUAUGCCUCUCCUCGCGAGUUUU